AAUAUUGUUUAAUUUACUUUUAAUCAUUCUUUAUCGAAUCGUCUGCUUUGGGCCAAUUUUCCGCCUUCUACAAGGAAUUUCUGGUCUGAUCAUACACCAUUCAUAAAUUUCUGUAAAACUGCGAUUGUUCUGGAAACAUUUUUGGUGACAAGCAAAGCCAUGGCGAUUUCUUCACAAGGUUUCGUCGUUUCUAGGAUACGUGUUUCAUCAAGCAUAAGUGAAUCGCCUAAGCAAUCGAUUUACUUGAAAUCACUCGAAAAUAGGGUUUGUUUGUUUUCCCAGAAUCCUAUUUCGAGAAAUCCUAAUUCAGACCGGAGUUUGCAUGUAGUUAAGUUGAAAUCUGCAAAAUCGGACAAUUUAGGAAAGACUGUAACUGUUACUGAGGUUUUCGACUUAAAACUUGAUCGAGGAAGUGGUGGUGGAGAUGAUGGAGAUGGGAAGUUUCCACCUGGUAAUGGUGGCGGUGGAGGCGGAGAUGGGGGUGGUGGCGACGAGGACGAUCAAGAUGAGAAAGAGUUUGGACCGUUGAUGAAGUUUGAGGAGGUGAUGAAGGUGGCUGAAACACAAGGUGUUAAUCUCCCUUCGGAUAUGCUAGAGGCUGCAAAAGCUACCGGGAUUCGUAAGCUUAUUCUUACGCGGUACUUGGAUUUACAGGGGUCAGGCUGGGUUUUGGGUUUCUUGAUGAAGUAUUGUGCAAUGCUUCGAAACAGAAUGCUUGCUGAUCCAUCGUUUUUGUUUAAAGUUGGAACUGAGAUAGUCAUCGAUUCUCUUUGUGCGACAUUUGCUGAAGUCCAAAAAAGAGGAAAAGAUUUUUGGGCGGAAUUUGAGUUGUAUGCGGCAGAUCUUCUGGUAGGCAUAGUUAUUGACAUUGCUUUGGUUGGCAUGUUGGCACCAUACGCUCGCAUUGGAAAGCGAUCAAUAGCAAGUGGUGGUUUAUUUAGUGGCUUAAAGAACUCUGUUGCAGCUCUUCCAAGCAGUGUCUUUGAAUUUGAGAGACCAGGGUGUAGAUUUUCAGCACAGCAGCGGCUUGCUACAUAUUUUUACAAGGGCCUCUUGUAUGGUUCAGUUGGAUUUGGCUGCGGUCUUAUUGGCCAAGGAAUUGCAAAUGCAAUUAUGAACGCCAAACGGAGGAUGCAUGCAUCAGAAGAAAAUGUACCUGUGCCCCCUUUGGUGAAAAGUGCUGUUCUUUGGGGUGUGUUCCUUGCGGUGUCUUCCAAUACCCGUUAUCAAGUCAUUAACGGGUUGGAAAGCUUGGUGGAAGCUUCUCCUUUGGUGAAACAGGUUCCAGUGGUGGCAAUGGCAUUUACAAUUGGCGUGCGUUUUGCAAACAACAUCUAUGGUGGAAUGCAGUUUGUAGACUGGGCUAGAUGGAGUGGUGUACAGUAAACCGAAGCAUCUGUACUCGAAUGUAGAAUUUUGAUCAUUGGCCUGCUCUUUUUUCCCAGUUGGUUAUAGGUAAACAACCUGGUUUUUUUCACCAAUUUGUAGCCUGCCAUCUUUCUUUAGUCUUGGAGACAGACAAUUCUAUGUAUUGUGUUGUGUUUUUUUUUAAUCUGUAUUUUUGGGGGAAUCCAAUAAAGAGAGGGGCAUGGUAC